ACAAAGUUGCUUAGGACGCGAUCCUGAAAAAUCUACGUGCAAUGUCUGAUGUCAUGAGAAGGUAAUUUAAUCGUCUGACUUAUCAAUAAAGACAAUCAUAAAAAAUGAAUGAUAAACCAAUUAGCUGCACUAUAAAAGGUGCAGUGAACUUAAAUGUAGACGUAAGACCAGGAAUUGCUCAGAACUUCAAUUCGGGUUGCAAGAUUAUAGACAUCUCUUUUCCAAGCAUCAUAAAUCCAGAGGUAUGAAUAACCAUUUAAAAAAAAAAAAAAUAUAAUAAAAUGAUUAGAUAACUUGAUUACUAUUUAUUUUGGCUAAAACUGAGGACGGCUGCAACGGCGUCUUUUGUGUGUUUAUUGUAGUUGCAGUGAAUUAGGGUUUAGGUUAGGUUGAGGGAUCGAUUUAGGGUUCGGUUCAGGUUAGAGUUAGAGUUAGGCAUAGGGAUCGAAUUUUAGGGAUACAUUCGUGAAAUUCGAUAAAAUAGUGGCAGUCGUCCCCGUUUUUUUACCUUUAUUUUGAGUGUCAGGUAGAGUCAAUCGUUCAUUAAUGACUUGUUACUUGUAUUGAGGAUAGCAGAAUAAUGAAUACAUUGCCUUAUUACAUAUAAUAAUUAAUAUAACGCCCCAAAAUGACUUUUGACCAUGGAAGACCAUGUGAAUGUGUAUGGGCAUGGGUCCUUUAAUUGGAAAUAGUUAUAUUUAUAUUACUUAUAUUUGUUUUGCUUUUCUCAAAUAGGCCUAUAUCUUUUAAUUUUUAUACAAUUUUAAAAUAUACACCCACCAAACUAUAUUUAAACCUUUGGGCAUAUGGGCAUGGGUGACAAAUUUAAUACAAUGGCUCCAGUUAAUUUGCAUAUGUUCCUAAAAUUCUUUCUUAUAAUAUAUCUGUCUGCAGUAAUGUAAAAUUUUUGCAAUUGAGAGUUUCACCAUCAUUAUCAAGUAAUAAACAGAGAUCAACUCUACUUCAGGUGUUGGGAACCUUUCUGUCAUAAUGUGUGAAAAAGGAUGUCUAAUUCAUUCAUCAUGCAAACAACCUAUAAUAUAGGCUGAAAAUAACUCUAACACAGGCCUGCACAACAUAAGGCCCACGGGCCACAUGUGGCCCACCAGCAGCAACUUUGCGGCCCGCGAAGUAACAAAAUAUUUGUUAUUAUUAUUAUUUUCUUAAUAGUUUUCCCCCCUGUUUUUCCCCCCUGUUUUCCCCCCCUGUCCUAUUUUCUUUCGGCCCGCCUUAAAUUUUUUCAUAAAGUAUUAUGGCCCGCCUUACAUUUUGAGUUGUGCAGGCCUGCUCUAACAUAUAAAAUACAUUUUUUAUAGUCAUUUUUUUUUUGGUCACCCAAGUAUCAUUGAAACUAAUAUGUCUAAGUCUGGACAGUAGAUUGCCAAUCACUGCCAUAAUCCAUUAUGGAUGUAUAUAUUGAAAUUUUGUCAUCUAAAGAAUAAGAUUUUUAGAUGUGAUUUCAACAAUCUCAUUUUACAUGGUCAAGGAAUUAAUAUCAUAAGUAGUUAACAUAAUCCAUCUGUUUCAAUAAUUAAAUAUAAAAAUCUAAAUCAUUUGGAGAAAAGAGAAAUUGGAAAGAACAGGUAGGUCUAAUAAUUAACUUCAUUCUAUAAUUAAUUAUUGCCUCAAAUUAUUAUGAGAGUUUAUGUUUCAUUUUGUGAUAUUGCACGUUUCUUUAGGCACCUGGAGAUGGCGAAUCAGUAAGUAGAUUUAAGGCAUCUACAAAUGAGUCCUCAAAGGCUUUUAAACAUAUAUGGUGUUUUUUUAAUGCCUGACAUGCACCUUGAUUUGUUUUAUAAUUUAUUUAAUUAGGCUUAUUAGAUAUGAUAAGUUUUUCUCAGUGGCAUACCAUUACUAAAUCCCCCCCCCCCCCCCCCAAAACUCUUCAAAUUGCACCCCAAACACAGACACAAAAAAAUCAUUUGUAUAAUUUCUUUAAUGAUAACAAAGUGCCUUCGGGGGCUAUCGCCCUCUCUCAAACCUCCCUAAGUACACCACUGAUUUUCAUACCUGUCAAUUUCCUGAAAUCAAAUACUGUAUACAUAACAAAUUAAGUCUGUAAAAACUAAUAAAAACAUAUUCACAAAUAAGUUGCCACCAUAUUUUAACAUUGGUUCAUUUUAGAGGGUUUAAAGAAACACACAACAUACCAAAGCUGUCACUAUGUUAAGCUUAUAAAGCAUUACUUUAAAAUGUUAAAAAAUUGUGUUCUCUUAACGUAGUGCAUUGACACAACAACAAAAAAGUAGAUAAAACACAAGAAAACUAGUGUUUAACAUAAUUUUCUGCUGAAAUUAUGUGCCCUUUUUUUUAUUUAAGAAGCAGCAAUAUUUAUUAAUUCCUGUAUAUUUCUAGGGUUGCCAGGUCUUAUCUUUGUACUGUCCAUUGUUUUCAUACAUUUCACGUCUUUCAUAAACCCGUAAGACAAUCUCUUAACUUUUUUUCUGUCACAUCCAUGCAUUUCAAAAGAAACAAACAUUUUAAACAAUCCAAAAUAUUGUAAUGCUGAUAUAGAAAUCCUUUAUGAAAUGUAACAUUUUGAAGAUGUUUAGGCUCUCAUAUAACGGUGGCCGUGAUAUUUUUAAAAAGUAUAGAAUCAUCUUAAUGAGCUAUCGACUAAAUAAAAAUGGACUUUGGCAAAAAAAAUAACUGGAGAUAGUUUUAUAAUUGUUUGUUAACAAAAUAAUUUAAAAGAGUUAAUUUAAAACUAAUUUUUUGUGUGAAAGCAAAUUUACCAUGAAUAUAAGUAUGCUACUUAAAAAAAAUAAUAAAGUAACAUACCGGUACUUAUUUAAUGACUUAAUAAGAUAUGGCCAUUUAAAUAUAUUUAUUAAAAAAUUUUGAGUAAUUUAUUUCUUAACUAUUCCAACUCUGUCAUAGUUGGAAAGUUUUGUUUAGUAAUGAAUAUUUGAAACAGAAACCACCCAGUACUGAUUAACUUCACUUUUAAGCAAGUUUACCAAUUUACAAAGCAGCAUGACUUUGGAAAUUGUUAAGAGCAGUUAAAUCAAAAGAAAAAAAAUUAUGAGUAAAUAACAUGUAAACUAUAUUCCAUGUAAAUUACAUUGUAAUUAAAUUAUUGAUUUGUCAUGGAAAAUAUUCUUUUUUAUUCUGACAAACAACUGGCAACCCUUAUGCUAAUGUAUAGGCCAUAUCAUAGCUACACCAAUGACAAGAGUUUUCCAUUAGCUGUGCCACCUGUGCGUUGAAUAAGUAUUUUCCUCUUAAUGCUUAGGGGGCUCAAACUAUCUUUUGUGCAAUGAUACGAGGAAUGCAUAGUACAUUGUUAAAAAAUUUGAAAGUGUUUUACUUUUACAUAUGACAGUUAAUUCGUAUAAAUUGACAGGUAUGAGUUUGCAUAGAUUUUUCUUCAUAAAUGUGUAGAGAUAGUUUUAAAUUUUGUGUUCAACAUUUGCUUAACAUCAUUACAGUCUUUUUUUUUUUUAAUUCAUUUUUUUCUUCUUUUGGGCAUCUAUUUGAUUUGCAUAAUUUUUCUGAUGUGCCUUGUUUCUAAAUUGGGCUAUCUGGGAUGUUAAGUUUGCUUACAUCCAAAAUUAUUUUAAUUUACUUCAGAUUUCAUCCCUUUAUUUCAGAUAGCUUCCCCUUUUAACAUUUUCCACACAACACAUGAUUUCAUUAAUCAUUUAAAUGGACUUUGUGCUUAAAAAAUGUCUACUUAAAAGUUUCAAAUAAAACUUUGAUGACCUAAACCUAUAUUUUUUAGGAUAAAAUGUCAAUUAAAAAAGCUCUGGGUGUACUUUCAUCAAUUAAAUAUCAUUAAUUCAUCAAAAAUACAUUUAAAAGUAUCACAAUUAAAUUUUUUUUAAAAUUGUUACAAGUACUUUAAAAGAGUUGUUUUCAUUUAUUAAAGAAAGAACCAUUUCUUCCUUUUUUUAAAUUAAAUAUUCAGAUCGGAGAAAUUCAUUUUCAAAACAGUUAUGUGGCAUUCAUAACUCUCAAGGUUAAGAUCAAAGUAACGGAAGCAACACCUAAACAUGGACGUAAGUUGCCCUUUCAUCUCAGUUUAUUUAUCAUUGCAUUUUGGUUUAAAUUUGACAUUUCAUCAUUUGUUUCAAAAAAUCUUUUAAGAAACAUUUAAAGACUUUUUUGUUUAAAUAGCUUUAAGAACAUCAGAGCCCUGUGAGCAUGCUAUAGUAGCAUGGAUACAAGCGCUAUAUAAAUAUUCAAUUCAAUUCAAUAAGUCUGGUCAGUCUCAUAAGUCUGUCGGUCACAGUCAUAUUUAUAUUGAGGGAGUCAGAACCCCCCAGAACAGAGGUGUAGAAAUUUAACUGUCAGGGAAUAUUUUCUAUCUCCAUGUAGAUUUUCUGGAAAUUGUACAGAAACAUUCCUGUAACACAACUACUUUGACAUGGCGUGGGAUCUUAUUUCUUAUGCUGUGGGUUAUGUCAGUAGUAUGGUUACUUAUGUUAUGUUGAUAUUUCAGGAUGCCGACUAAGACUUCUUCAUUCUUCCACUUAUUAUCCGGGCACGCAAAUAAGAAUACUGAAUCCUGGUUAAACUUACAGUACUUUAUUGAACACACUUUAUACUGAUAAUAUUAAUAAAUAAUCCUUGCAUGAAUGUAAUUUCACAUAUAUAUCUAUAGUAUUCCAUCAUUAAGAAAGACACGUCCUCACACUACUAUAACUCAGCUCAACUGUACUACAUCUCAACUCUAACUCAACUCCGACUAACUCUGACUCUCCUUGCGCUCAGCUCUCCUUAUCUCAGUCAACUCAUACUUUAUUACCAGCAAAGCGUGGAAAACAACCGCUCUGACAAAAACAUAAUUUUACUCUCCAAAAACGUGGAGUCAAAAAAUGUGGAGCUCACAUUGUCCUCUCAAAAUACAUGGUCAACACAAUUCACUGUUCACUCAUGCUACCUCUCUGUUUUCAAUCAAGGUGUGGGGGUGGGGGGGGGAAGAAGAGGCAGCACGUGUCACCAAGUUAAUUGGUUACGUCAGUAAAAAAAAAAAAGGGGUGGAGGGGGUAUGGGAUGCAUGCAUCUGUUCCACAUGCUGAAUGAACAAAAACUAUGUCAGCACACAGGCUAUAACAUCAUAGUUCAUCAAGAGUUGCCUUAAAUUUAUUGUGGCAGCUGAGGGAAAGGAAGCUCUAAUUAUUUGAUUAAAAUGAGAUUCUUAAAUGUUAAACUUGGCAAUAAGUCUGCUUCUAAAAGACUGGGCAAAAACCAUAUUGUGUUGGAAACCGUUAAUAUGAAACACACAUUUUGCAUUUUCAGAUGUUCAUUUAGGUGGCUUGGUGUUAGAGAAUUAUUUUAAGAGUUUGACUAAAAUGUUUGAAUUGUGUAUAAUGCUUUUGUCUUUAAAAUCACUUUUACGUUAAUUUUACAAAUAUUAUGAUUAAUAACUGCUAUAUCAUUAGUUACCUGUAUAUCAUUUAGGUUAAAUAGGUUACAUUUAGUGAAGAAUAGAUUAAAAUCUAGUAUGUUCUGAUCAAGUUUUGUGUGGGUUCUGCUUUCCCUAGAAUUUAUUGUCCCUUAUUUAAUUGGAGUGGUUUUGAGCAUAUAAUAUAAAAUUUUUAUAAAUUGAGGCUGAAAUUUUAACUAUCAAACUUAACAAAACUGUUUCAUCUGAAAAAGUUUAUGUACAUUUUCUGGCAAAAAUAUUAAUUUUCUCAGAAUAUCUAAAGGCAUAAAAUUGAUUUUUAAAAAAAAAUCUUUUUGCUACAUACAUUGUGGAUAAAAAGAGAACAUUGAUUUGUUGAUUGACAAUUAUUUUUUGAAAUUGAUUGUUAAACAAAUUCAUUAAAAAAUUUGUAAAGAUAAAAAUCACAUGACAAAUUCAGCACUAACAUAAAUCUGUUUUUGUUUUUAUUUACUCUUUAUUACUGGUAUUUUUAACCUUAAAUGUUACAGUAAUAAAGAAAAUAAAUUUUCAACAUCUUACUAUUUAAUUACCAAGGGAUUUUUUUAAAAUAAGGAACAGGAAUUUAUUUAAACAUGAAGACUAUAGGCUAGAGCAAUUUCAACAAGAUUAAAAAAAUUAAUUAAAUUUUUUUUUUUUUAAAAUCAAUAUAAGAAGGAGAAUACACUAUUUAUUAUUAUUUAAGUGCAAACCUUACUUAAUAUUUCUCAGUUUUCAUAUAGACCCACUAUUUUUUUUUUAAAUGGUUAACAUUUUUGCCUAGUUUACACCUUCUCCUCUGUGACAUUCUUACUGCUACUUCUUAAAAUUUGCAGAAAAUGACCAGGGCUGGAAAACCGCUAUUCACAGUUUAAAACUUAUGCCUGACCCACAUGCAGAAACUGGUGCACAGGAUCUCUUCUGUCUCACAAGAAAACAUGUACGAUAGUCUAGUUAACAUAAGCACUAAUGUUUCUUUUUGCUUAGUCUAGUUGACAUUAGCACAACUAGUUCUUUGUGCUUAGUCUAGUUGACAUUAGCACAACUGGUUCUUUGUGCUUAGUCUAGUUGACAUUAGCACAACUAGUUUUGUGUGCUUAAUCUAGUUAACAUUAACACAACUAAUUCUUUGUGCUAAUGCCAAAAUAUCUAUUUAAAAAAUUUUAAUCUUUUAAAACGAUUGUUUAAUAAAUAUGUUUCAUGGAUAAAAGGUAUUGUGAUUAUGGUGAAUGGUACAUAAAAUGCAGAUGUGAAAUGAACUCUAUUUAGUAGGGUUUUUUUUUAAUUUUUAGAGAGUAAGAAAAGCUUCUUGCUUACAUUAAACAAUAAAUUAUUAAUUAAUUUUUUAAUAGAAAGAUAUAUAUAUAUUAUCCUAAAAAGAACAGUUUCAAAGUAUGAACUAAAAGAUUGUUUCUUUUACUUUCCCAGUUCUCAUGUGAUCUUUCAAAUGUUGUAUUCUUGAGGCUGAUUCUUCAGCAGCCCUCACCUAUGUGGAAAGACUUUAAUGUACAAGAUAUAAAAAUAUUCAGGACACCCUUAGUAAGUUACAUAUAUUACUUUUUAAAAAAUAUUACACAUAAAAAAAACUAAAUAAUCUUUAAGUUUUUAAUAGAGACUAUGAGAAACUUGCAUCCAAAUAUAAUGAAUUUCUAUUUUUGAAAUCUUUUUUGUCAUUUUUUAUGAUGAUGUUUAACAGGUUAAAAAUAUUGGUGCUUUCUCCCUCUAAAUUGAUAGCCUUGAUAUUUUGCUAACAUGAAUAUUGUAUCUUUAAAAGUUAUGUCUUUAUUUAGACAAAAACCUGCACUUGAACAAUGAUGUACCACUGCAGCUGAUGGCAGAUGGAAUAUAUUUAUGGAAACAUGGUUACUUUAUAUAUAAACAGUUUGUUUGGUCACAAAAAAAAAUGCAUCAGUAUACAUUAUACCAUCAGCCAAACUUGUGUACCAGGUACUGAAACAAAGUUUCAUCAUGUCCAUCAUCUCAACUCCUUUUAAUAGGGAUCUCGGGCCGUCCCGUUUCCUCACUGGAUCACAGAAGAGGCGAAGAACAGCACAGGUGGAAAAAAAGAAAUAGAGGUAAAGAAAAUUCAUUUAAAUUUUCACUUUGGUGAUGGUUAUUAUUGGGAACGAAAAUGCUUACUUUAAAUAUGAUGAGUAUGUUUGACGUUUAAGAGACAAAUGAAGCCCAUUUGAUCAGGUCAUCAUUAGUUGAUAUAAGGUGAGAAGCAAAUGCAUGAAUUAAACAAAUGUUAUUCCCAUUAUCAUUAUGCAGGCAAUUGGCAAUAAUGUUUUUGUACCACUAAAUUAUUAUUAUUAAAACUUGAAAUAACCCACCAAAUAAUGGCACAGCAAUUCUCCUCUACUGAAUUUACUUGACAAUACAUUAAUUCAAGUAAUGCACUUUACAAAAGUCAGAUUUAAAUUGAUUCAAUUUGAACAGUAACAUUAAAGCUGUGAAUAUUUGCAUACAUUCAUUCAUACCUAGAGAAUUAUUAUUUGUGAUUUAAAAUAUAGAAAAAAUUUGAUAAUUAAUAUAUCUAUUUACCCUCAACUCAAGUAUUUAUCACAACCCCUAAAUAAAGUAUCUAAUGAGUAUUUGUAAAUUUGAGGAAUAAGCAGUAAUUGCUCUAAGUAAAAAUAUGCUGUUUUGAAAAAAAAAUUUUUUUUUAUUUAUAAUGUAUUGACUUAUUGUAUGCCAAUAAGGUAUCCCAAUCCGUCCCUAAAAGUACAAAGGUAAAUUUGGAGAAUAAAAACUGUCCUUUACUUUACUUAGAAGCUAAAUAAAACUAAUACCUAGUUUAUUUCUCUCUCUUCUUGUUUGAUGUCAUGAUGCAUGCAAUUAAUGUGCUAUAAAUUAAUGGCAUCUAAAAAUAUCAAACACAAGCACUGCUAUCUAAUGCUGAGGUGCUUGGAGUUAAUAGUAUAUCAUGUAUCAUCUUAGCUUAUAGAAUUCUGAAUUGUUCUGAAUUCAUCAUGCCAGCUUUACGAAUAAUGAGUAUGCAUGUUUUAAAAUUAUGUUUCUUACAGCACAGACUUCCAAAAUAAUGUAUUGAGCACUUUUUAUUACUAAGGACUUUAAGUAACCUUAUGCCCAUUUAAUCAACCAAUUUAUCUUAUUCUCUUAUACACAGGGGUGUAGCAUGGGGGUGGGGCAGAAGCAGUUGUCCCACAUUCACAAUUUUUAAGGUAGCAAAAAUCCAAAAUGAAAUAAAGGCCGGAGUAAAUUUUUAAAAAUUGUUCUACAUUUAUUUUGUUUUAAAUUUUGACACAUGUGAUUGAGUGCGAUGAUUUCAAAACUUGACUGGUGGGGUGGACACAGUGCUAAUUGUACAAGGAUUAGAGGAUGCAACACUUACCUUUCCCUGUUCACUGGCCACCCAUGCUAUAGCACUACAGAUACUUAUUAUCUUUCACCAAUGUAAUACUAACUUUAUGUGAUUAUGCUUCAUUUUUUUUUUGUAUAGAUUCGUAGAUAAAACUAUGGAUAUUGGUUUUAGAAUUAAAAAAAACCUGUAUUUUUACUUUACAUGAAAUGGUAAAAUGCAUAACAUUCUGAUUUCCUAUAAACAUAAAAAAUUAUAUUUUAAAAACUCUGCCCUGCAGAAAAAAGGAAAGUAUUUUUUUUAAGCAAUAAAGUUAUGACAGCAUGUGUAUCGGGCAACAUAAGUUUAUGCCCACAUAUUCAGUUGCUUCUCUUUGUCCAUAUUAUGGUUUAUAUUUAACCCCCGUAUAUGUAAAAUAAAAUAACUGACAAUUUUAUUUAAAUUUGUAAAUUGUGUUGACGUGACCAUAUUUCUUACUAUCAGGUCAAUGAGUGAAACAAAAACAAUCAUGUAGAAAAAUAAAAAUCAUUAUUUAUAUUUAAUAAUUAGACAAUGACAGCAUUUUCUGGAGUCAACAUGUAUUUGAUAGCUUCCAUUUUUUUUUCUCACCAUAGUUUAUAAGAUCUAACCAGAGCAUUGAUGCAUGGCUCAUAGGUCUUAUUCAACAUAUUUUAAAUAAAAUUUCAUUCAACUACUUGCAUCUAAAUUGUUCAAAGGGACACAAUGGACUACACAAUUCAGAAGCUACCACUAACUGAAAAUGCUACAUGUUAUGUUUAUACAUAAAGUGGACACAGUUGGUUAGGUUGUUUGUUACAGAGUAGUGUUCCUGACUAUACAUAAUUUGGAUGUACAUUACAAUACUCAUCAUCGUCUUCAUCCAGGCCCAUGUAGUGGUGCUUGGUGCCAUGGCCAAUGAAUGCCAAAUCUGCCUAUCAGCUACUUCUGUGGGAGCUUUCACUAUUGAUGCCACAGUGUUACCACUUUUAUUAGUUGUUUUUUUAAUUUCUAUACCAAACUUUUUUUUUUAUGCUAUGGGGUCUACAGCCCGCAUGUUUAAGUCUCCUCCUUUUUUAUGACUUGGGUGGAACCUGGUCCUCUAUAAAAAAACUAUUUUUUUUUAUAAAUUAAAAUUGUUAAUCUGAAAAAACUAUCAUGUUGCAUGUAAAAAAAUAAUAACUCUGAUAAUGAUUUGUAUGCAGUCAAACUACCCUUUAUUACAUUCAGCUGUUGAUGCUGAAUUGACUUUGUUGGUAAGCAGGACAUUCAUAGACCACUAAUAACAGCACAUUUAAAUAUCAAAAGUGUCUAAAAUGUGCUUGCUUAAACUAUUAUCAAAAUAAUGAAUAAAAGAAUAAGUUUUGUUGCUUAAAUAUUCCAAUUUUUUUUACUGAUAUUAUAAAUAAAAAUGUCUGGUUUAAAAGCUCUUAAGAUUUUAAAAGAAACAAACAUCAAAAUAAUGAAUUUUUAUUUAUAAUAUCAGUAAAAAAAAUUGGAAUAUUUAAGCAACAAAACUUAUUCUUUUUUAUUUAACAUAUUUUUAUUUUUACUUUUAAAAAAGUUUUGCUCUAUUCUCACUAAACUUUAAAUAUGAAUAUGACUUAAAAAUCAGCGUUUCUUAAAUUGCUGGACCAUGGACUGGAGCUGGUCUGACUGCCCCUGUCACUGGUCGAUAAAUAAAUGUAAAAAAUAUAAGAAGAUAACAAAACAAUACUAGUGUAGAGUCUAUACAGCCUGAUAAAAGUCCAUCUUAUCCACUAUAACAACACUCUACAGAAAUAAUUGUUUUAAAAAAGACUUCAAGAACAUAUCCCGAAACUGACUUUAAGAGUAAAUAAAUUUUAUGUCCUAUAAUUGAUAAUUUGGGAACUAAUCCUUACUUUAAUAAAGAUUAUAGCUGCUGGUCUGUCACACUCAAAAGUUUGAGAAGCACUGCCUUGUAUCUCACAAAGUUUCCUUUCAAAAUAGUUAAAAUUGUUAACAGAUUACAAGUGUAUAAGUAUAAUAUUAUCCUAAUUAAGGUGACAGGAUUAAAAAAAGACAAUCUGUGGAAGGGUUUUAAUUUGAAAUAAAGUUGAUCCUUCUGACUGGCUUUCAAGAAAUCUUUUUUUUUAGCACUCUAAAAAUAAUAAUAAGUUAAAUAAAAUAAAAAAAAUCAUUAAAACAUUUAGUAAAUAGUUGUUUUAUGUUUUGAAGCUCAUGCAACCAACGUCCAUAUAACAUAAGACUGCCUAAAGCUCAAUGUAUGGCCUGUAGUCUAUAGUUAAACAAUACUAACAUAAAAUCAACUUCCUUUUUAGGCUUUCUAGUUUCUUAUUUCUGCUUUCUUAAAAGUUGGAUACAUUUUUAUGCUAUACCUUUCUAUUUUUAUUUUAAAAGAUUUUUUAAAUUUGAUACUGGUAUUCCAAAAAAUAACAUUGGAAUAUUGUUCCACAUUAUUGGCUAGCAAUUUUUUAAAAUACAUAUUUUGUGAUUACUAUUUUUAUUUGUUAAUAUUCAAAUUAAUUCAUUUGAAAAAAAUAUGCUCGUUAUGAACCUUUCCAUUUCUCCUUCAUGCUGGCAAAUGAUGGUAGACUCUUUAAAUUUCAUUAAUAUGAGAUGGAUUUAUUAUGCGCAUGUGCAGUAUUUUCAUUUAAAAUACAUACUCUCAUAUAUCUGAUAUUUUAAUUAAUCUAUUUAUAGUUUGGGUAAUAUGUUAAUUAAAUAAAAUGUAAGUUUACAAAAAGAGAAAUACAUAUUUUCAUGUGCGUGAAUUACACAAGAGUUUGUGAAAUAUUUCAGGGAGUGCCAGAUCUUGAUGCCCUGUCAUCCAAACUUCAGCAGUUGUGGGCCUUGGCUGAGGAAGCCUCAUCCAAUCAGCCAGAGGAAUCAUUGGGCAGAUAUGAGGUGAGGAGAUAUUUGGAGUUGAAGAACUUUUUCAAGCCAGCUUGUUUAAAAAUGUGCAUAGUAAAACAAAGUGAGCAAAUUAAUGAAAGCAGAGGUAUCAAUGGCCAGAUAUGAGGUGAGGAGAUUGCAGAUGGAGAAACCUUUUCAAGCUGGCUUGGUUUAAAAAUGUACGCUACAUAUGAAGCAAACUAAGAAAAGGAAUUAAAACAGAAGAAUGCCAAUGAAAGUUUAAAUAAGCAAAAAAAUCAAUGAGGAUAGGUCUACACAAGCUCAAAGGGAUAACCCUAAAGAAUAAGCUAUGGAAGUUUGGUGGAGAGAUAUGAUAGAAAAAUGAAAAUAUUUAUUUUAUAUAAAGAUCUAAUGGGUGGAUAUGUGUGCUGAGCACUGUUCACUCUCUUGAUUAUUCAAUUAAAUCUAAAGGGAUUAUGCUGUUUGAUCAGUUAAAAUUGAAUUAUUUAAAAGCUUCCAAAGCAAGCAUUUCUAGCAUGUACCAGUAUUAUAAGUACAUGUUAUGAAAACUUUGAAGGUAUAUGGUAGGCCCUAUAUUGAGAAAUUUAUUUAAAUCUUUCUUUUCAAAUGUCAUUUAAUUUACACAUUCAUUAAUAUCGAAGAAUGCAUUUUAAAACAUAUCCUCUGUUUAUUUUGAUGUUUUUAAAAUUUAAAUUUAAACUAAAAAAGAAUUUUAUAUGACAUUAACAGUGUAACAGUAAAUCUGUCACAUCAAGAUUAUCAGUAUUUUGGCAAUGAUAGAGACAUUUUAUAUGAGGUCUAACAUAGUGAAGACAUACAUAUUUAUUUAUUAUUAUUUUUUUUUAUUUUCAGGUGGAUGGCUGCUAUGAUAUAAAUCUAUUAUCUUAUACAUGAAAAUACAACCGUCCAGACACUUCUAUCACUUAUGAGCCAUGGGUCUGACUGCAAAAGAAUUAAAUGAAAUCAUUUUUUUAAAUGCUGAAUGAUAUUUUAUUUAAACAACCUCCUGAUUGUGUUUAAAACUGUGGACUGCUAUAAACAAUGGUGAUCCAUGUUAAGUGAAAGAGAUAAGAUAUAGACCUGAUGGUCAACUAAUUUAAAUAUUUUGAAAAGCUGACAAUCAUCUUGUUUGUUUCACUACAGAUGUGCAGUUUUUUAUGUCUGCUUUCUAUAACGGUCAUGAUGUAACAUAAUUUCUUUUAGUUUUUUUUAAUUGCCAUUACAUCCGUAAAUUGGGACUUAAAAUGAAAGCUAUUAAAAAUUUAGUUUCAUUUACAAAUGUGGUUUUUCCAAAAACUUAAAAGGUUGUUACAAUCAAGAUUCAUCUCAAACAGCUGUAAUUUAACUUCAAUGACGACAUUUAAAAUAUGAGGAGUUGUUGUUGUUUUUUUUUUACACAAAGCAUAUGCUUAUUUGUAGUUCCAUGAACUACAAUGAGCUAAUGGCAUCAUCAUUAUCAUCAAUGGCACCACCACAUCCCUCAAUUAUUCAGACCAAUCCAAUGCUGUUUGUCUCCACAAAUGGAACCCCGGCUGGUGUAAAUCUCAUUAGCUGUCCUGUUCAGUUCACUAUUCAGUUUUUAAAAUUGCAACUCUCGUGCUUGUAUUUCUGUAUGGUUGAUAAAGUUUUUACGUCCACAAUUAUCUAAUACAUUGCAUUAUGGUUUUCUCAGUUACCAUUCUGGUAAUGUAUUUUACUGUUUGGUGUGAAAGUUCUUUUAUAAAAUGUUGCAAUUUUCUAUUUUGCUUAAUUUAAUUUAUUUUGCUCAAACCCAUGCUGAUAAAUUUCUUGAAUGAAAGAAAUAUAAUGUUCAUAACUUAUUGGAUACAUUUUUGCCAUAUAAACAUGGUGUAUUUGUAUACAUUUGCAUCAUGGAUUAUUCAUUAAAGAGGUUUUUUUUUUUGUAUAUCAAGUUGUCAAUUCAUGUACUAUAUAAAGUUUCAGAUAUGCCUAUAGCACACAAAGCUACCAUACAUAAGCAUAAACAGGCUCAAAAGCAAGCAGUCAAUUUUGCGGUGUUUGAGCAGUACCCUGGUGUAGGAAGGUGGUAGCAGAAAUAAAUUAUUAAUUAAAUUG